AUGAUGCUAGAUAGUGACGAUGAUAGUAGUAGUGUAAGUUCAUCUACCAUGCAAUCGGAUCAAUUCUCAGUUUCUGGAACUGAAGAACUCGAAUUUAAAAAGGAUAGUUUACUUGAUGAAGCUGUGGAUACUUUGUACGAAAAGAGGGGUUCUACGCUUGAGAAGGCAUUGGCCUCGAUUAUUGAGGCUUUCAACAGCGACUUGCAGCAUCAGUUCGUGGAAAGAAGUGAGUUGCUCUUUUUCCAAGUGUUUCUUAAUCUUGGUUUCGAUUUAUUUUAUUGCAAGGAUUGCCCAAUGUAUUAGGACCAUGGUUCUAUGAGAUUUCAUGUAGUUUUGAUUGGUUGGCGAGAAUUCAUGAAUUGGUUAUAAAACAUUGGCGCCCGAAGAAUUAGAACUAUCUCUCAUUUAGUGGGAUUCAUUUGUUAAUCAGACUUCAGAUUCAAUACGUUACAUUAGAUUGUGAUUUUCUAUUGCC